AUGUCGCGCGCUCGACACGCCCGGCGCAUCCUCGAGCCGAUCGCGGCCGCGGCGAAGCGCGGCGGCGGCGGCGCGUUCGCCGCGCCGCGCGUCGCGGGAUUCGUCGCGACGCGAUCCGCCGCCGGUUCGUCGUCGUCGUCGCCGUCGCGGAUCGGCGGAUUCUUCCGAUGCGAUCUCGUCCCGUCGUCCGCGCGCUUUCGAACGGAUCAUCGCGCGCCGCACCUCGCGCGCGGGAUCGCGGCGUCGCCGCACCUCGCCGCGGACAACGCCGCGGACGCGAAGAAGAAGGCGGACGAUGAAGACGCGAAGACCCCCGCCGCCGAUCCCACCGAUCCCACCGAUCCCGACCCCGACGCGACGACGCACGCGUUCCAGGCGGAGACGCGCCGACUCCUGGACAUCGUCACCAACUCGCUGUACACGGACAAAGAGGUGUUCGUCCGCGAGCUCGUGUCGAACGCGUCGGACGCGCUCGAGAAGUGCCGCCACGCGCACCUCGCGAAGGGCGAAGACCCGGGCGAGCUCGUCGUCGCCAUCGACGUCGACGACGAGAAGCGCACCUUCACCAUCUCGGACAAUGGUCUCGGCAUGACCGCGGACGAGCUCCGCGAGAACCUCGGGACGAUCGCGCGGAGCGGCUCGAAAGCGUUCGUGGACUCGAUGAAAGACAAAGACGCGGAGGGUAAUAAGGACGCGUCCGCGUCCGCGUCUUCAACGGCGGCGACGAACAUCAUAGGCAAGUUCGGCGUCGGCUUCUACUCGUCGUUCAUGGUGUCGGACGUCGUGGACGUGUACUCGUCCGUCGGCGACGGCGUCGGGAACAAGUGGAGCAGCGCGGGGGACGGGACGUUCGCGCUGUCGAAGUGCGAGGUGGGCGAGGGCGACGGGAAGGCGCCGAAGCGAGGGACGAAGAUCGUGCUGCACGUCAAGGAGAAGGAUAAGACGAUCGCCGCGUCGAAGUGGGCGGUGGAGUCGACGUUGAAAAAAUACAGCGCGUUCGUCGGGUUUCCGGUGCUCCUGAAUGGUAAAAAAACGAAUGAUAUCGAUGCGUUAUGGACGAAGAAAGCGAGCGAGGUCAGCGACGAGGACGCGGCCGCGUUCUACCGCUUCGUCGGCGGCGCGAUGGACUCGCCCGCGUUUCGGUUACACUUCAGCGCGGACGCGCCGUUGACGAUUCGAGCGUUGCUGUUCGCGCCGAGCGAAAACCCGGAGAAGGGGUUCGCCGCGCGGCAGCUCGAGAGCGACCAGAGCGGGUUAUCUCUGUACUCGAGGCGGGUGUUGAUUCAAGGCAACGCGCGCGGGCUCUUGCCGCCGUUCAUGCGGUGGGUCCGCGGCGUCGUCGACUGCGAGGACGUCCCUCUGAACAUCUCUCGAGAGUCGCUUCAGGAUUCGGACUUGAUUCGCCGACUCGGCGACAUCAUCGCUAAGCGCAUGAUCAAGCACCUCACAGAGCAGGCGAAGAAAGAGCCGGAGAAGUACGCUGAGUGGUACGCUAAGCUCGGCGUGUUCUUGAAGGAAGGCAUCUGCGGCGAUCAGAGCUACCUGUACAAAGACCUCCUCGUGCCGCUGUUGCGGUUCGAGACGUCCGCGGCGAAGGACGAGAAGAAGGACGACGCGGAAGACAAAGACGCGAAGAAGACGUCUUCGAAACCGCCGCAGUCGUCCCUCGACGAGUACGUCUCCCGGAUGCCCGAGGAUCAGAAAGCCAUCUACUACCUCGUCACCACCGGCGGGCGAAAGCAGGCGGAGGCGUCGCCGUACCUGGAAGCGAUGAAAGCGAAAGGGUACGAAGUCUUAUUCCUCUACGCGCACGUGGACGAGUUCGUGAUGCAGCACGUCAGGAAACACAAGGGCAAAGACCUCGUCUCCGUGGAGAUCGCGGACAAGAAGAAGAAGAAGAAGAAGAAGGACGAGUCGCAUACCGGGCCGAGCCUCGGGGAGAAGGAGAUGACCGCGUUGUGCGACUGGUUCGCGACGGAGGCGCUGCCGGGACGCGUCACCGGCGUCAAACCCUCCGCGCGCCUCGUCGGCUCCCCCGCGCUGCUCACCGGACACGAGCCGGAGGCGAUGCGUCGGUACCGCAUGAUGCUGACGAUGAUGUCGGACGAGGAGACCGCGGGGAAGCUGAACGAUCUGCAGAAUAGCGCGGCGUUGGAGUUGAACCCGUCGCAUCCGGUGAUUCGCGCGAUCGAAGCGGCGCGAAACAGCGACGACGACGGGCUGAAGAAAGCGGCGAAGCUCGCCGCGGAGCAGGUGUUCGAUAACGCUCGAAUCUCCGCGGGGGCGAUGGACGACCCGCGGGAGAUGGUGGGGAGGAUACACGAGCUCUUAGAGCUCGCGUUGCCCAAACCGAAGGACUGA